CCUCAAGAUGCAGCCCACUGCCACCAUGGCCACCACAGCCACCACCGCUGCCACAGUUGCCCUGACAACGUCGUGGGACAAUUCCACCGUCCAUCCCACGGCUGAGCCGGACCCCAUCCUGGACAACUAUGUGCUGCUGGUGGUGGUGAUGUCGCUGUUCAUUGGGGGGACGCUGGUGGUGCUGUCAGGCAUCCUGCUCCUGUGCAAACGCUGCUGGGAGGUCCACCAGCGCUUCAGGGCCAUGGAGGAAGCAGAGAAGACCACCACCACCUACCUGGACAAUGGCACCCAACCUGCCCAAGACCCUGAAUUCAGGGGCGAGGACCCCGAGAGCCAAGAUGUGGAGACCGAGCGCUUCCUGUCUACCAGUUCCACCGGCCGCAGGGUCUCCUUCAACGAGGCCGCCCUGUUUGAGCAGAGCCAGAAGGCUCAGGACAAGGGCAGAAGGUAUACCCUGACCGAGGGGGACUUCCACCACCUGAAGAACUCCCGCCUCACCCACCUGCACCUGCCGCCCCUCAAGAUCGUCACCAUCCAUGAGUGUGACUUGGGCGAGGCUAGCUCAGCUGCCACGCCCCACCCAGCCACCACCCCUAAGGAUAGCCUGGCCAUCUUCCAGCCCCUGGGAAAGGCCCUCACUGGCCGCUCUGUGGGCCCCAGCUCCGCCCUGCCAGGUGACCCCUACAAUUCAGCUGCUGGUGCCACUGACUUCGCAGAGAUCAGCCCCUUGGCCUCCAGUGACUCCGGGGAAAGUGCUUCGUUGGAUGCAGGUGCCAGGAGUGCCAAGGUUGGUGGGCCCGGGGCCUCAGCAGGGCCUGGGGAAGUAGGGGCAGGCUCCGGGGCAGGCACCGUCCUGCAGUUCCUCACCCGCCUGCGCCGCCACGCCAGCCUGGAUGGGGCCAGCCCCUACUUCAAGGUCAAGAAGUGGAAGCUGGAGCCCAGCCAGCGGGCAUCCAGUCUGGAUACAAGAGGUUCCCCCAAACGCCACCACUUCCAGCGGCAGCGGGCAGCCAGCGAGAGCAUGGACCAGGAUGACGGGGACGCCCCCCACGCAGACUUCAUCCAGUACAUCAGCCGUGCAGGCGACGCUGUGGCCUUCCCACCCCCCCGCCCCUUUCUGGCCAGCCCCACCAGCCCGCCCCCCGCUCUCGGCAGGCUAGAGGCUGCGGAGGCUGCGGGAGGAGUGAGCCCCGAGUCUCCCCCGGAGGGCGGCGCCGUCGCGGGGCCCGAGCAGCUGGAGUUGGAUGCCGAGCAGGCUCAGGCCAGCUACCGCGACCUGUGGAGCCUACGAGCCUCGCUCGAGUUGCACGCAGCUACCGCCUCAGACCACAGCAGCAGUGGCAACGACCGCGACUCGGUGCGCAGUGGCGACAGCUCGGGCUCAGGGGGCGCGGCGCCCGCCUUCCCGCCACCCUCACCGCCUGCGCCCCCACGCCCCAAGGACGGCGAGGCUCGCCGGCUGCUGCAGAUGGACAGUGGCUACGCCAGCAUCGAGGGUGGCCGAGGCACAGGUGACGACCUCGUGGUCAUCGAGCCGCAGCCGCUGGCCACGCCUGCCCCCCCGCCACGCAGUCCUCGUGCCUGGUCGCGACGGCCGCGCCGGGACUACAGCAUAGAUGAGAAGACCGACGCGCUCUUCCAUGAGUUCCUGCGACACGACCCGCACUUUGACGACACGCCGGCCGCAGCGCGCCACCGCGCUCGUGCCCACCCACACACGCACGCGCGCAAGCAGUGGCAGCAGCGCGGGAGGCAGCACAGUGACCCCGGCGGCGCGCGCGCAGCCCCCUCCACUGGGACUGCAAUGUCGGCCCCCGGCGCACCUCGACCUGCGCGUGCGCCCCUGCGCCGUGGCGACAGUGUCGACUGCCCGCCCGAGGGCCGUGCACUGGCCAGCACGGGAGACGACCCGACCAUCCCUGUCAUCGAGGAGGAGCCUGGUGGUGGGGGCGGUGGUGGGGGUUGCCCUGGCUCAGGCCUCUGUGUGGAGCCCUCGGGGACGCUGCUGGACAAGCUGGCAGCAGGCUUCGAGGAGAGACUCUUCUCCCCACGGCUGGCCGAGCCUGUCCCCACAGCCCCCACGCUGGUAGUUGCCGCUGCUGCCCCUACGUCCCCCGAUCACAGCCCGGUCUAAGUCCUGCGCCCCGAGCCCAGUUCUGGGCGGCUUCUCAGGCGCCGCGCGGGGUCUCGGCAGCGGUGGCAGUGAGACAGACCUGGGGACACGAUGCCCUGUCGUGUAUGCACCUGGACCACGGUGGCUCGUCGUGCGCGUGUAGCCUCGGUGCUCCGGCUGGCUGCCCCAGGAGCGCACGUUCGCAGCUCUGCGCGUCCCUCGAGGGGCGCAUAUGCAGUCCAGCAGCUGGCAGUCACAGUCUCAGUGCAAUGUGGCAGCCCCCUGCCGACCUCCUGCCCUUCACGCGUGCACACGCAUCGCCCUUUCUGGGCACGCUGCGGGUUGGUCACCAUAGUAUCCAGAGGUGCAGUGUUCCAUAACCCUGGCUCAACUGGAGGAAGAAAUUUCCAUCUUUGGGCCCUUGAGAACAAGUCAAUGCCAGUGGCCUCAGACAACAGCAUCCGGGCCUUGCACACAACACCGAGUUUCUGGCUGCGGAGGGGCAGUGAUCCAGGACUGCACUGUGGUUUCAGGAUCCGGCAUCUCAAGGGACGUGCACAGACUCCCUCCACGGCCAGCUGAAGCUUGAGGCACCAGGAGCAUGUGCUUGGGAAGCGAAGUACAGUGCCUGCCAGGCGCAUGCGUGACCCCCCCACCAGGGUAGGAACCACAGGGGGCUAAGGAUCAGAGUUUUCCAUCCCAGGACCUGGGAGGUUGGCUGGAGGCCGCGGUUGCCAACCCCUCCAAGCCGUUUACCUCACCGCGGCAUGUGCUCGCGGCAGCCCGCGCCCCCUCCCACUCCGAGCAAUAACCGCGCUUGCCGCCGCCAACGCUGCCGCCACGGCCACCAGCCCUAACUCGGCUCUCCUGCUGCCCCUGCCUCCCUAUAUGCGCUGUCCUGUCUGUCCCAUCCCGCAUGUGAUUGGCCACCCGUGCCUGCCCCUGUCCAGAGAAGCCGCUGGGGACUCGGUGUUGGAGAGGUGGACAGAACACAGUCCAGGUGGCACGACUUCAAGUCUCCCGAGCUUUAUUUAUUGCCAAAAGAUGGGGCCACCGGCCCCGCCCUCGCUGCUGCCCAACCAGUCUGUCCCACCCCAAGACGGCGUUACUGUGUCGUUUUUGUUUCCUGAUUGAUUAUAAAUAUUUACUGCAUA